UUCCGGAAGCAGAAUCCUAAAAAUUAAAGACAGACAGUAGAAGAAGCCAUGGAGAUCGGAGAGAUAGAGACAGCGAAGAAGAGAUGCGAAUCCGUCAUAAGAACAAUCACCCACCUUCCUUUAUCAACUUCCAUCACCGCUUCGUGUCGCAGCACGCUCCUCAAGCUCGCAUCCUCCGAGCUCUCCUUCCUAUCAUCCCUCGCCACCGAUCCUCCCCCACAGCCUCUCAGUAUCAACAUCGGCCACAUCGAGUUAGUCCUAUGGAUCUUACGCCAUCCUUCAAUCACCGCCGUUUCGCGCGUCUGCAAACAGAUUCCUCUUCCGAUCACCAAUAGCGUCCACGUCGAUCUCGUGUGUACUCUCGGAAAGGCUCCCGUUUGGAUCAUCGUCUCCGAUAGAAACCCUAGGUACAUCUCAUGGAGCGAUAACCGCCAUGGAAGCAAGGGUUUAAGGUCGAGAAUCGAAACGAUCCUCUCCGCUGCGAACUCCACAACGGCGCUGAAACCUUCUUCGUUGAUUCUCUUCUUCGCAAAUGGCUUUCCUUUACCGGUUUACGAGAGAUUAAAAGACCGAUUCGGAGCUAAAGACUUCAACUUUGGCUCUGAUUCGGAUUUUGAUUGCGAGGAGACAUUAGAGGGAGAAGAAUGGGUUAAUGUGGUUCGGACCAGGUCGUAUAAAGAAGCAGUUUCUGUCGAGAUCAAGCUCAUAGAUGGUCACGAUUCUCUUGCGUUUGCUGAGCAUGUUGUCGUUGAAGCAGAGGUUCCAGAGCUUAGCGAGAAAGAUGCUCUCUCAUCUGUACUAUCUUCCAUGAGAUUAAAAGGUGAAGACUUUCUUGUGAACUUCGACACGACAGCUCUUGUUGCUCUCGUUUCUGGAAUCGCUAACGGGUGUGCAGAGAGGAUCUUGGACAUGCCUGAGGUUGUGUUAGAGGAAAAGUUCAAAGGGAAUACUGUUUUCGUGAUUGCUCAGGCGAGAUCUGAAGUUGAGAUCUCAGUUCUUGUCAGAAUGGGAGAUGUGCUGUCAGGGAAGCGAGGGAUUGUGUGCAAGAGUGUUGUUUCAGAGUUCGAGGAGUUAGUAUCAAUGUAUGCUGGACCCAAUGAGAGGCAAAGAGCUGAGCAGUUGUUGAAGAGCCUAAUGGUGGUGAAUGACAAUCCCACGGAGCGCGUGAUGGGACUCCCAACAACGAGGAAGUUAGCGAUGAAGAACAAGAUUGUGUUUGGGACAGGUGAUAGAUGGGGAGCUCCUACGUUGACUGCAAACAUGGGGUUUGUCAGAGCCGUAGCUCAGUCAGGCAUGUCUCUCUCCACCAUAGAACAUAGCCCUCGUGCUCUCACUGGUGAUUAGCCAAAGUUCAAAAACCCAAACCUUGUGUUAGGGAAACAAAACGAAAACAGAACCUAGCAUUUUACUUCUAUCUGGUUAGAUGUCGUUUAGUUGUGGACCAAGUAUCAUUUCUCGGAAGCAAAGAGACCUUAUCAAGACAGUUGCCUAAUGUUUAUGUUGGUUUCUUUGGGAAUGAUCUCACAGCGCAUAACACGUUCUGAAGUUAACUAUUGCGUACACAGGGCUGAAUGUUUGUACGAUGGUUAGCAUAACCGUUCCCUUAAACGUGAGAGAGAGGUGUGAUCUCUUCAUGGUUCAUAGUUAUUCUUGAAAACAUUAUGAUGCUAGAACAGUGUGGUUUCAUCGUUCAGCUAAUAUAGACAAGAAGAUCUCAUCAGUUCUGGUUAACGGUUGGUUUAAAGUCUAUGUCAGCAUUUGGUGGAGCACAGUACAUGCACGGUUAAAAAGUGAAAACCAAUAUGGUAUACUGCUGGUCAAGUGUAAUCAGGAUCCGGUUUAGAUGUAUGAGUCUUUCUUGAAUACCACACUUUUUUGUUAGUAUGAUAGGUUCGAAACUGAAGAAGGCUUCUCUCCUAACACUAUCAAUAGAACAAAUGAAAUUGGUUA